AUGCCUCCAAAGGCUUCUCGUAGGCAAUAUCAGCGCGGUGAGGAGGUCAUGCAGGUUGAUGAUCCAGGCAAUCAUGCUUUCAAAGCUCAACCUGUCACAAAUGGCAGAAAGAGAUCAAAGAAGAACAAACUAGUCGAGAUUGAUUCUGAUGAUGAGCAAUUCCAACCAUCCAAAAAACCUCGUCCAGACCCUCGCGGCUCAAGAUCGAGAAUUUCUGCUGCUAAGCAAGAGGAAAACGUGGUUGACCUCGGAUCAGAAUCAGAAGACAAUUCCCACCCAGAAGUCGUUCCUUGUGCAAAUUUACCACUAAGAAAGCUUUUCAAACCAUUCGCAGACCACGAUGCGGACGUUUACAUCGUGCUCAUUGAAAAAAAUCCCAAAUAUUCAUUCAGGAUGCACUCAUAUAUACUAAAACGUGCCUCUUCGUGGUUCGGUGCGGAGUUGCAGGAAAACUUGGUCAAUGAGGUGGAUGAGAUGAUAGCAGCUAAAAUUACUGAAGACACCGGAAUCAAGUAUAGAUUUGAACUUACUUUUGAUGAUCAUCGUGGUUAUCACACGUUGAAGCGGGUGGGACUCACAAUGUACAAGCAGCAACCCCAAGCUGUCAUUAAUGAAGCUAUUCCCGGUUGCAGAAAUGACUACGACGGCUAUUCCUUCUCUAUCUAUGGCUUAUCCAACUCGCGUCGAUCAUCUGUAUUUUUGCCUCAAUACGAUGGCUCGUGUGACGAGAUUGAAAUGACAAAUACAAUGGUCGACCCUGAUGUAUCUAUUGAUUUUGAUAUCUCCGAUUUUCUUUUAUUGUCAAGUACACUUCCAUCUACUCAAGAACCUAUCGGUGAGGUUCAAGGAGAGAAAAAUGGCAUCAAAUUGGAAGAAGAUACCACUACUCAUCUGGAUAGUGCCGAGGUUAAUCUGCCAGCCCAGAAAGAUGUGGCAGAGCAAGUAGCUACACCACCUACAAGUCCCAUCAAGGCGGAAAGUGGAUCAGAAACAGAUCAAACAAUUUUUCAGAGUCCACAGUCUUGCACAGAAGCUCAGGCUCCUCUUGCAGAUCAAGGAGAUUUAACAGCUGGCCCGAAUAUCAAAGCAGAGAUUGGAUCCGAGGAGCAGACUUUCUCGCACAGCCUCCUAGAACACAAGUCGCCAGAAAGACAACUUGAACAUCUUUCAAAUGCGGAAGGCAAGAUUGAUGAGCAAUGUCGCCCAGUACUGCAGCCAAAUGAGAUGCCAUCAAGUCGCCAAGUUUCUCCUGAAGAACAACUCCAGGAUGCCAUCUCAAAGGAAAAUCCAAUGGAACCGGAAACAAACCCCGAGGAGGCACAACAUGUUGCAACCUCGCCUUUGAAGCAGCAAUCCAAGGUUGAAACAACUGUUGAAGAACCUUCUAGCAAUCACGUUGUUGACCAGACAGUCAUUCCCACCACAGAGAAGCCAAUCAACAAUGGAACUUGCCAAAAGCUAGCCGUCCCAAAGAUUGAGCAAACAAUCCUUGAUGCUUAUCAUUCCCUUUUUCUGUGCUACUUCGGUUGUGCUCCCACGAUUUCUGCAACAAAUGCUGCAACUGCGGCAUCACAAUCCUUGUUGUUGACCAAAAUCGCCUAUCUCUAUGGCUCAACGAAGGUUGUUAGACCUUACAUAGUGUCAUCUCUCCUUUCCCUAGGACGUAGCCUAUACGCAUCAAUUCGUCGCAACCCUCCUCAUUUCCUGAUUUUGGCAAACAAGCUCCAAUGCGCCCCCAUCUUCAAGGAAGCUCUCGUCCAUAUCGUAGGACAAUACCCCUCCUGGCCAUGGCUUACAAAGCAGAAUCGAAUGGGUUUCGAACUUGGCAAGGUCAUUCAAAAAAAAUUCGACGAUCUCCAAGACAUGAGAUUUAAGGUCAAUGAUGCACUUUUCCAGAGCUGUCUCGUGAAGGAAAAUGUGAGAGUUAGCAUCAAUAAUUUGAAUAGGUCGACCUUUGACAUGUGGAUCAUUGUCCAGAUCUGGCAUGAUUGGUUCUCUCAACAGUUACGCCAAUGCAAGAUGGUUCGAUGUCAUGAAGAUCGGAGCGUGGAGAAGCACAUGUAUAUGCUUAUUGCUCAAGGUGGUGAUGCGUACUUACAUAUCGACGACGUUAUGGCAAUGGUUGAACCAUUCAGAGCCGGCUCGGAGACCAGAGAGUGGGGACAUUGGGAGAAAGACCAGGUUGAGUUGCAGAUGAAUGUUCUAAAGAAAUAUGCCUCGGAGAAAGUCAAGUGUAUGUUGGUCAAUGAAUUGAUGGGUGAUACCGGCGGAAAUGCUGGUGAAAUCGAAUAUCUCACUUGCACCAAGGUCCAUGAACAUGAGUUGCCAUGGGCUGAAGCGCCAGUGGUUAUCAUUGAGGAUUAG